AUGGCAUCUGAAUUGACUGAACAGCCUGUUUGCGCCUCUUGCAACUCCCGAGAAACCUCAAGCAAGCUCCUUCGCUGCCAAAAAUGCAAGAAGGUCGCGUAUUGCAGUGAGUUCUUUCACCCAUCUUAAGUUUGUAUGUGCUAAAGUCAAUGUAGAUAAGACAUGUCAGUUGUCAGAUUGGCCCUCCCAUAAACCUUCAUGCAAAGCCCCUAAUUACAUCCUCAAAAUCCACCUCUGCCCAUCCGACAUUACCUCUCCUCCCGUGUUCCGCACUUUAUCCUGUCCCGCCGCUGCGACAUUCAAGAACCUUCACUACGCAAUCCAGAUUGCUUUCGGUUGGGCCAAUAUACACACCUAUGAUUUCAAAAUCCAAGACCCCAACGCCGAACCCGAGGCAGAACUCAGCCUGAUGGAGUUCGUCCGACGUAAGACUCAACAACUGGUCGUCACUAAUAAGCACAGAGCAGCACUCGAGGAGCUACCACGCCAGAACUUCCUCCGCAUCAUCCAGGAUACACCCCGAGGUCAUGGCUUUGGCGUGUUGGGCGGCCCAGUAGAUAUGAUGCACAACCAGGAUCGAAUGCACAGCCAAACGCCCGAGGUUCUCAGUUCAUCAAUCAGGCUAUGCCAAGUCUUUGAGAAUAAGGAAUACGGAGCUGGCGAGAUCCAAGUCGAGUACGAAUAUGAUUUCGGCGACGGCUGGAAGCAUGAGAUCCGGAUUAUUGGCCGACGAGAUGUGGGACCUUUUCAAGUCCUAGACGGUGAGGCUCAUGGAGUUGCGGAAGACGUGGGAGGUGCGAGUGCGUGGGAGGAGUUGAAGGGAGCCUAUCGUGCUGCGAAUCCGAAUAAGAAGCAGAAGGAAAAGAUGGAGUGGUUUGAGAAUCGUGCCUCGAACCGUGAUCCUUGGGGUCUUGGUCAUGGACUAGAAGAAUACUGGGAUGAAGAUGAGAUAAACAAAAAGUUGAGAACACGCUCGGCCUAG